ACAUACACAAAUACAAGCGUACAGUCGCAACAUCUUAAAAAAAUUGAAACUUAAAUUUGGCAGCGUAAAACCUUACCAGUCCAAAAAUUUCUACAAGCAAUUGAAAAUUUAUUCUUGUAAUGAACGUGACCGCUGUGAAAAAGUCAAUGUCGUAGGACCGCAGAUAGCAGAAGUGAAUAGCAAAAAAACCGCCAACAUGAUUGCAUCCGAAUCGGAGGCAAUAAAUUCGGCCACUUAUGUGGAUAAUUAUCUGGAUUCCGUGGAGAACUUGCCCGACGAUGUGCAGCGCCAGCUGUCCCGCAUCCGUGACAUCGAUGUGCAGUACCGAGGUCUCAUCCGUGAUGUGGAUCACUAUUAUGACCUUUAUGUGCUGCAUCUAAACUCACCGGACAGCCAACGUCGCUGCCGUUCCAUAACCCGUAUGCAUCAGAGCCUAAUACAGGCCCAGGAGCUGGGCGAUGAGAAAAUGCAGAUUGUCAAUCAUCUGCAGGAGAUAAUCGAUGCGAAGGUACGACAACUGGACACCGAUCAGCAGAAUCUCGACCUGAAGGAGGAGCGUGAACAGCGUUAUAUUCUGCUCGACGAUAGUCCCGCCUCCAAAUUGCAGCGGUUACAGAGCCCCAUGUGUGAUCAGGGCAACAGCGCCGGCAACAAUGUAUUAAAUAGCACCGGUUUGUCCGCAAGCAAUGCAGCCAACUCCGUGGCUAAGGAACACUAUGGUGCACUUAGUUAUGGUGCCGUGAUCGCUGUCGCGGCGACGGGUGUUGGCCUAAGUGGGAAUGGUGGCGGCGGCGGCGGCUCAACGCCCACAUAUGACCGUGGCAGCCAUUUAACGAGCAGUGCAAACAAUGGAUUCAAUGGCACCUUCUGUGGCAGCAACAGCAGCGAUCUUCAGCGUUCGGGCAGCAAACGUUCGCGGCGACGCAACGAAAGUGCGCCCAACAAUGGCAGCUCCAACGAGAUGGGCGGCAAUGAAUCAAAUUCAGCAAACGAAGCAGGCAGCAGUGGCAAUGGGAAUAGUGAGCGUAAAUCUGUCAUGACUGGCGGUGCUUUGGGCCAGCGCAAGAGUCAUGUACAGCUGGUUGGAAGUGGUGUUGGCGCUGGUGGUGGUGUUGUCACCGCUGGCGGCAGCGGAUCUGGUGGUGCUGGCGGCGGCGGUGGUGGUGUUGGUGGUGCUGGCAAUGUCGGCGGCGGCGGUGGCAGCAACUCGGGCAAGAAAAAGAAACGCAAAGUGCGUGGCGCAGGCGCUUCGAAUACGGCAGCGAAUGCACGGGAGGAAACGCCGCCACCAGAGCCCAUCGAUCCCGAUGAGCCAACGUAUUGCGUCUGUAAUCAGAUUUCUUUUGGCGAAAUGAUACUCUGCGACAACGAUCUGUGCCCCAUCGAGUGGUUUCACUUUUCGUGCGUUUCACUUGUGCUGAAGCCAAAGGGUAGAUGGUUCUGCCCGAAUUGUCGUGGCGAGCGACCGAAUGUCAUGAAACCGAAGGCGCAAUUCCUUAAGGAGCUCGAGCGCUACAACAAGGAGAAGGAGGAGAAAACCUAAAUCCAAACAAAACCGGGUUAAAAAAAAGAAAAAAAAACAGUUUUGUGUCAAACACUAAGCCGUUAAAAUUAGACAUUACAGCCAGGGCUCCGCACUAUGUAAAUUAUUCGCUUCUUCAAUUUGUGAAACUUUCAAUUUGUCUAUUGUUUGGGCCUACGGCCCUUUGUAUCCACAUUAUGAAACAGUGGCUUAAGUUAUUUUUUGUAUAAACGUUCUCGCUACAUUAUCUGUAAGAAUUAAAAUUUAACAAAUGCUAAUAAACAUUGAUAUUCAUAC